UAAUAGAACUCUGUCUAGUCCAGGAAAACAAAGAGAAUUAACUAAAAGUCAUUAAGAAUUCAUAGCGUGACAUAUAAAAUAUAACAUCGAUAAAUUAAACAAUACGAAAUUAUGAGAAACAUUGUCGCAUUAAAGCUCAGCGCCAGUUAUCCCAUACUGGCAGGACUCCAGGAGGAGGGAAGCUGGCUGGCCCUGGAUCAAUUGGCUCUGCAGCAACAAAUCAAUGCAAAUUUCAUUUUCCAUGCGAUUUCCAACUACAAGAAGACCCCGUUCGACCGAAAAACGCUCGACUUCAUUGCCAAAAAAUGCCUGCAACUCCAGAUGCUGUGGCGCGAGUUCCGGCUGAGGGAUAAGCAAAUACGGCGUGGCCACAAGGAUGCGCGCUGGCUGGAGCACGGAUACUUCCAGCAGGAGCUCUACGAGCUGGUCCGUGAGAAAUAUAUGGCGGCUCGCGGAUGCCUGGGACGCGACAAAAGAAAUCUGCUCACUGGUCAGCCGGAGCUCCCAUAGUGUUUAUUCAGUCGCCGAGUCCGGGGCACGGAAAACCCGAAAAGCGCCCUUAUAAAAGCAGAGGAAAAAAAAGCCAGCAGGGAAAAGAGGAUGGGCCUGACGUGUGAAAACUUAUUUUGCUGAAAAGCAGGCAUUCGUAUGUGGCAUGCACUGAAUCAACAGUUCGAGCCGAGAUGAUAUCCCCGUAUCUGUCAAUAGCGAUUCCUGCUCCCCAUUCCCACUGGCCCACCUUCGACAAUGGGGCAAUCAAUCUGACUGGUCGUCAUCUAUACCCUAUGAUUGAUUGCACUCGGCCAAUGCUUAUCACAAUUAUUAUGGUUUGCC